AUGAGACGCGCGUUCGGUAAUGUUAUAUUAAUUUACAUUUUUAAAGUCUUUGAACUCCAAAAGAAAUGGAAAUCAUUUCGAGAUAGUUUCCGCCGUAAAUACAUUACAAAAUCUGGACAAGCAUCUAAAAAAUCAACUCCUUAUAUAUAUGCAAAUAUAUUAGGAUUUUUAACACCAACUAUGCAAAAUCGAAUGACCGAAAGUAAUGUAGGACAGAGUGUUGACGAGGCAUCUGAUGAACAGGAAGGAGAAACCGAAGACGUGGGUUUAAUUGUAGGAAAAAAUAUAAGUGUUGAAGAAAUAAUGGACGACAUCGAUGUGGAGAAUCAACAGCCCAAAAAAAAAAACCCUGAUGACGACUCCUCCAUCAAAUUUUGGAUCCUCGUUGUUGAAAAUAUUAGAAAACAGGAAACAGACACCAGAAGACCCGGAAAAAUAUUUUUUACUGUCCUUACUCCCUCAAAUCAAGUUGUUAACCGAAGACCAAAAAUCAAUGGUGUAUAUUGAGUUUUUAAAUGCUAUUCAACUAGUUAAACAUAACACAUCUGUUAUCCCUCAUUUCUAUCCUUAUAGUUUAUACACCAAUUAAUCAACCCAACUCAUACUUUUCUCAGCAACAUUUUUCAUGGCCUGGAUAUUACCAUACCAACGAUUCACAAAACGUGCCUACAGCUAUAAUAAAUUCUACUAUUACUACUCCGCCAAUUUUACAUGAUGAAUCUAUUGAAUCCAGUAACUUUUCGCAAUUUUCUUCUCCUGCAAUUAAUUCAACUAAUAAACAAAAUUACCAUUAUGACCAUUUUUCACACAUGUCUUCUCCUGUAGUCCUGUUACUCAAAAUGUUUCUACACUUGUGUAGGAGACACAUCAUGCCCAUCGCUAUACAAACAAUUACCCUCCGCCUAGUUCUCCAUACAAUAAUUUCAAUAAUACACCAUGAUUUGUAUAAACAUUGUAAUUAAUAAAUUAAAUAAAUACUAAUUUCUACA